ACAAGACCUCUCUGAAAUGUUGAAAAGCACACAUGUUAAUGGCAACAUGUCGGCUGAAACACCAGUCACUCUGACUAUCGAUCCUCACGACCUGCAGGUCCAAACAUUUACUGUGGAGAAGCUACUGGAACCUCUCCUAAUCCAGGUCACCACACUUGUAAAUUGUCCCCAGAAUCCAUCCAACAGGAAAAAAGGUCGUUCAAAGAGAGCGAUAGUUCUUCUAGCUUCUGUGGAGGAAGCCACUGGGAAUUUACUAGACAAGGGAGAGAAGAUCGCUCAGGAAGCCACAGUUUUAAAGGAAGAGCUUACUGCUGCACUUGAGGAAGUUCGCAAAGAAAGUGAAGCUCUGAAAAUAUCAGCUGAAAGAUUUACAGAUGACCCCUGUUACCUCCCCAAAAGGGAAGCUGUGGUUCAAGCUGCCCGUGCCUUGUUGGCUGCAGUCACUAGACUCCUUAUCCUCGCAGACAUGAGUGACGUCAUGCGUCUCCUGCAGCACGUGUCAGCAUUUCAGAGGACAGUUGAAUCUCUUAAAAAUAUUUCCAACAAAUCUGACCUCCAAAAGACCUACGAGAAGCUUGGGAAGGAGCUGGAAAAUCUCGAUUAUUUGGCCUUCAAACGUCAGCAGGACCUAAAAUCUGCAAAACAAAGGGAUGAAAUUGCAGGGGCCCGGGCCUCACUGAAGGAGAACUCUCCUCUCUUACAUUCCAUUUGCUCCGCUUGUUUGGAGCAUUCGGAUGUUGCUUCCCUAAAAGCUAGCAAGGACACCGUUUGUGAAGAAAUUCAAAAUGCCCUUACUGUGAUUUCAAAUGCCUCACAAGGCAUCCAGAACAUGCAGGCCUCAGCAGAACCCCCGGCUGCAACCCUGGGAUGUGCCCUUGAGGAACUUGAGACUCUGAUUGUCUUGGAUCCACUCACAGUCACCGAGGAGGAAAUGAGACCUUCACUAGAGAAGCGUCUAGAAGCCAUUGUCAGCGGGGCAGCGCUGUUGGCGGACUCUUCGUGCACGAGGGAUUUCCAUCGAGAGCGAAUUAUUGCAGAAUGCAAUGCGAUUCGCCAGGCUCUACAAGAUCUGCUAUCAGAAUACAUGAACAACGUGUUUCCGUCCUUGACUUGGACCUCCUGGCAAUAGCAUAGGCCACCCUCGAGACUGAGACCUUGACAGGAAAUAACAUUUG